UGCACUUUGUAAAUCUUGUGAUUAGUUCAACUGCUGUUCUCGUUUAAUAGCGAUAAGUUUUUUUUCCUUUUCACGACUAAUUAAAUUCCAGUAACCUUAACGGAAAAUCUCCCCUUUAAAUCUUUGUCUCAGCUUCCGCAAUUUUUGCCAAGUUAAUUCAAGUUGAAAUAUGUCAACCACGGCCAACGAGAACGCCUUCAGCCGCCUGAUCAAGUUUAAGAACAAGGGGAAAGAUGCUAAUGAGUUGAGACGCAGGAGAAUUGAAACCAAUGUUGAGCUGCGGAAAGCUAAAAAAGACGACCAGCUGUUUAAAAGGAGGAACGUGAACAAUUUUCCUGAUGAGAAUGUAUCUCCACUUCAAGAAAAGAACAAUAUCCAGGUGCCUUUGAAUUUGGAUGAAAUAAUCCAAGGUAUCCAGAGUAAUAAUUUGGAAACUCAACUCCAAGCAACUCAGGCUGCCAGGAAGCUGCUUUCUAGGGAGAAACAUCCUCCCAUUGACAAAAUUAUUCAAGCUGGGCUCAUCCCCAGAUUUGUGGGAUUUCUUGCUACUUUUAAUUGUAGCCCCAUCCAGUUUGAAGCUGCAUGGGCCCUCACCAACAUAGCGUCUGGAACAUCUGAUCAGACUAAGGCUGUUGUUGAUGGUGGUGCAAUACCAGCAUUCAUCAAUCUGUUGGCAUCUCCACAUCCACAUAUCAGUGAACAAGCAGUAUGGGCUUUAGGAAACAUUGCAGGUGAUGGAUCUCACUACAGAGACUUGGUUAUCAAAUGUGGAGCCCUUGACCCCUUACUUGCACUGUUGGCUGUUCCUGAAUUAGCUGCAUUAUCGUCUAGCUAUCUGCGAAAUGUAACUUGGACGCUGUCAAAUCUCUGCCGCAACAAGAACCCAUCUCCACCUUUAGAAGCAGUGAAGCAGGUUCUGCCAGCCCUUGUACGCCUUCUACACCAUGAUGACAGAGAAGUUCUUGCUGAUGCAUGCUGGGCUAUAUCUUAUCUAACAGAUGGCUCAAAUGACCGCAUUGAAGUGGUAGUGUGUACUGGAGUUGUGCCACGUUUAGUGCAGUUACUAGCAUCAUGUGAAUUAUCAAUAGUGACUCCUGGACUCAGGGCAGUGGGCAAUAUUGUGACUGGUACGGAUGAUCAGACACAAAUUGUCAUUGACUCUGGUGUGCUGAACUACUUUGGUUCUUUACUUGCUCAUCCAAAGAGCAACAUCCAAAAAGAAGCUGCCUGGACAAUCUCUAACAUUACAGCUGGAAAGCCAGAACAAAUCCAAGCAGUUAUUGACAAUGGAUUGGUUCCACCCCUUAUUCAAUUGCUUAGAAAGGGUGACUUUAAGUCUCAGAAAGAAGCUGUCUGGGCUGUAACAAACUACACCAGUGGUGGCACAAUUCAACAAAUUAUCUACCUUGUUCAAUCCGGAGUUAUUGAGCCAUUAUUGGCCCUGUUGUCAGUCAAAGACUGCAAGACUAUCCAAAUCAUUUUAGAUGCUAUUGCAAAUAUAUUUCUGGCUGCAGAAAAAGUCAAUGAAACAGAUAAGCUCUGCCUCAUGAUCGAGGAAUGUGGAGGUCUUGAUAAAAUUGAAGCUCUGCAAUCUCAUGAAAAUGAGCAAGUGUACAAAGCUUCCCUAAACUUGAUAGAAAAAUACUUCUCUGAAGAGAAUGAGGAAGACCAGAAUGUUGUACCAGAUUCUACUGAAGAAGCUUUCAUGUUUCAGGCGGAGAACCCUACUGUGACUUUUGACUUUUGAAUGACUGACAUGUCUAACUUUUUUUGUUCUAUGUAGUCACUACUUGUAACUGUCAAAUGUGGUCUAUCACUUCAUACUUAAUCCACGACUAUCCACUUUGAUGUACAUUUUGUAUAAAUUUCAAUUUUGUAAUUAAAUGUUGGAAUGUAAAUAA